AUGGCACAUUUUACACGUUUUGUUCUAUUCGAAGAUAAAUUUAAUACAAAUUUAUUUACAUUUAUUGUUCCAAGUUCAUUUCUAUUAGGAACAGAAGAAAAAUUAACAACACGAGAAUUUAUUUGUCGACAUGUACCAUUUGCAUUAACAUUUGUUAAAAAUGGCGAUCAAAUCAAUGCAUUUUUACUACAUCGUAGUCGAGAUACAGAAAGACUUGAAAUGACACUUGAUCUAAGUAUUACAUUAUUAUGUCGAGAACAUUUUACACGUAAUGAAACAUUUACAGAGAAAAAUUGUAAAUUUACAAAUAAAGUUACUUUACAUGGAAGAAAAUCAUUUACAUCAGUUAAUCGUUUAUGUUCAGUUGAAUAUAUGGAUGAACGUGGAAAUAUUCAAUGUGAACUUGAAAUAAAAAAUCUUUCUAUAUCAUAUAUAACAGAAGCACAAUUAACACCACAAUUAAUAAAUCCUCAAUAUGCACAUGUUGCUCAACCUACUCAUAAUCGUCAACCAAUAGAUGCAAAAAUCGAAACACCAUCAUUUUUUUAUUCAAAUUAUGAAUGGAGUCUUGUUAUACAACCCAAACUUGAUAGUGUUGGACAACUUGGAUAUAUUCGAAUGUAUCUCCAGCGUUUAACAUCAUGUGAGUAUUCUGUUAAAAUAUCAUAUCGUGUUAAAUUAACAGCGGGAACAUAUACAUGGGAUUCCUAUCAAGAGCGUAAACAAGCAAAUCCAAGUGAUUCGAAUACAUAUGAAAUCAAUUAUACGGAUGUGCAUGGUCUAUGUCGACCAUUUCGUAUUGAUCGUGUACGAGAAUUACUUCAGGCUGAUGGAAAAUUUACAUUAAAUGUUGAACUUAAAGAUGCUGUUACUGUCAUUCCAAUUAUUGUUGAUCCAUUUGCACCAAAUCCUAUUCCAGUACCAUUUCUUGAUAAAGAUCAACAAGCAUGGACUGUUGAAGCAUAUAUUGAAGAGCAAUGUUUUAUUAUACGUUUAUAUUAUUCUGAUAUAUUUAAAAUUCCAACUGAUUAUAUACGUUCGAUAUGUUUUAAUAUAACUGUACGAAAUUUUGAUGAUACAAAAAUAACUACAAGUGUUUUUCCUAAACCAGUAACGAAAUAUUAUUCUCAAAAAGAAAGUGAUGAAGGUUUAGAAAUAAGUACAACAUUAGAUGUUGAUGAAUUAAAUGAAAAAGGAUAUUUAAAUCAACAUCAAGGUGUUACAAUUGAGAUUGAAAUUUUCUUUUCUCAUCUUAUGUAUUUGCCAGAAUAUUCACCAUUAGAUGAUAUUGUUCGAAAACAAAAACAACAAAUAAUGCGUGAAUUACAAGCAGCACAAAAUGAAAAUUUUCAAUUAGAAAAAAAAAUUCAUGAACUUCAAAUGUCUAUACAAAAUCCAUCGAUGUCUAGUCGAUUAUCUGAUGCAACAAAUGGUUUACAAGGUGGUUUAAAUCGAGGAGCAACACCCGAAGUUGUACGAAAAUAUUAUGAAAAUAAAUAUGGUGAAAAAGGUGCAACAGGUAAUCCACCAUUAUCAAUGUUUAAUAAUGCAACAAGUUUUGAUGCUGGACAAUCAAGUAUGAAUAUAUUACCAGCUCGUAAUGGUGGUCUUGCUGGUAAAGGUCCAUCAUCAUCUAUUCCACAACCAAAUGUAACCAUGGGUGCACGAAGUUCAAAUUUUAAAUUUCCAACUAAACUACCUGAUUCAAUACAAAAUACAAUAAAUAGUACAAGUCAAUCAUUACAAUCGAAAUUACCAGCGAGUUUACAGAAAUUACCAGCAUCUUUUACACAAGGACCAACUAUGAAUAUGCUUGCUAAUAAAUUUCAAAAUGCGUUUUCUUAG